CAGUGUAGAGCUCCGACAUGUACGGACCAGCAACCGACAAAGAAAAAACGUGAAAAUGCGCCUCGGCAGUGCUUGGCUAGCGCUUUCCCUGCUCCUCUUCCUGGAGCUAGCACGGGCUGCCAAUAUAUUGGCGGUUUUUCCCUACCGAUUUCCCUCGCCAUUCAAGCUUGUCAAUCCCCUGAUGCGAGCCCUCACCCAGCGUGGCCACAAGGUGACAAUGAUUACGCCAGUGAGUAUGCCGAGCGACAUCGAAGGAGUCCGUCACAUUCGCGUCCCGAUGCUGGACAUACAAACACAGGAAAUUCUUGACUCCGAUCUGUUUAUGGAGUUCAUAUCAAGCAAAUGGUCCGAGAGCCGUUUAACUUCCAUGUCUCUGUACAACAUAUCUCACGCAAUUCUGAGCGACAGUGCAGUCCAGCAGAUGCUUCGGAACAGAAGCGAGAAGUUCGAUAUAAUCACUCUGGAGACCGUUCACAUGGAUGCCCUCUUUGGGCUGGCUGAAUUCUACGAUGCACCCCUAAUGGGCAUGUCGGCUGUGAGCAUCAAUUGGGCAGUGGACUACUUCGCGGGCAAUCCCUCGCCCAGUGUGUAUGAGCCCAUCUCCCCUGCAGGAUACUUGUGGGACAACUCGCUGCUGAGCAGAUGGUACAACUGGAUCUACAUAACCGAGGAACAGCUCAUCGAGACCCUGAUCUACCGCCCGGCUCAGCUGCGUCUCUUGAAGCAAUUCUUCGGCUAUCCGCCCGAAAUGCUCAGUGACCUGCGGGCCAGGUUCUCAGUGAUCCUGAUGAAUACUCAUUUCAGCCUGGGCCGGGUUCGAGCCAACGUACCCAACAUCAUCGAGGUGGCCGGAUUACACCUCAGCGAGCUCCCGGAGCCGUGCGAUAAAGAGCUGCAACGCUUCCUGGACGAGGCCGAGCACGGCGUCAUCUACUUCUCGAUGGGCAUGGAGAUCAUGGUCCGGUUCCUGCCCGAGAACCUGCAACAACAGCUGCUGGAUACCUUCGCCCAGCUGGAGCAGCGCAUUGUCUGGAAAAGAGAGAUGGAGCUGCCCAACAAGUCGGAUAACAUCUACACCAUUCAUCAGUCUCCGCAGCGCCAGGUGCUGACCCAUCCCAAUGUCAAGCUCUUCAUCACCAACGGUGGACUCCUCAGCAUUAUAGAGGCGGUUCACAGCGGAGUUCCCAUGCUGGGACUGCCGGUCUUCUUUGACCAGUUUGGCAACAUGAGACGCAUGCAGAAGGUCGGCGUGGCCGAAUGCCUUGACAUCAACACCAUGACGGUGGACUCAUUGACCACCACCAUCCGUUCGAUGCUCGUGGAUCCACGCUAUGCCCGCAAGGCCAAGGAGCUCUCGCAGUGCUUCAAGGAUCGACCCAUGAGUCCCCUGGAGACGGCCGUCUGGUGGACAGAGUACGCCCUACGCCACAAGAACGUCUCCCACAUGCGGAUGAACAUCGAGGAGGUUCCUCUUAUGCGCUACUACAGCCUGGACAACCUGCUGAUGCUGAGCCUCCGCUUCGGCAUCAUGGCUGUCGUUAUGAUCUUUUUGGGCUUUAUGCUGUUCAAGAUACUUCAAGAUAGACAGCGACUGUUACAUUAGUUA